GAAUCUACCGUCCCAUCAUCACUUGAUCCACACCAGGUCUCCUCCUUCGUUCGGUUGUUAGAAUCUCUAUUGCAACAACAAUACAGGACCGCUACCCUCUACUUCAGUUGACAGGUCAAAGAAGGUAAUACACCCAUCGUCUACUGUUCCCAUAACACAGUGGCCUUGGGGACCCACAGCCAAGAGUCGAUGUCUUCAUACAGGCAUUGAAGUCAUCACCCGCUUGACCGAACAAUCAUAACGAUUCGACCGCAUCUUAUUUCACCAUCAUACACGCGCCACAGACGACCGCCAUGGAGACCUACCACGGACAUGUGCGGACACCUCAAGAUGCGAUAAUCCUCUUUGAGGCUUGCCGACUAGGAUUGUUGCCCCGAGUUCAGCGAAGAUUAUCGGAGAAAGAGCGCCAACAGAUCAAGUCCGGAUCUGUGUUCGUCUGGGAUGAGCGGGAAGCGGGUAUGCGCCGAUGGACCGAUGGAAAAUCAUGGAGCGCCAGCCGAGUUUCCGGUAGUUUCCUCACAUACCGAGAGAUGGAGGGCAAAAGAGGCGGGAACGGAUAUACGGGCAGCCAUCCUCCUCGAAGAACGGGAAGGACAAGUCCAGAGGAACCGAAGAACGGCGAAUCCGAAGAUCACGAUCCGGAUGAGGGACCGGAUGGAUAUCGCUACAAGCCCGAUGGGUUGAUGAAACAAUCGUUUAGCCUCACGACGAACAGCGGACAGCAUUUGCAUCUCAUCAGCUAUUACUCCCGAUCACAACCCACAGCUCAACCCCUCAAACAACCAUCUAGCGAUCCGGCUUUACGAACCAUCCGACCGCAAAAGGGCAUGUACCCAGAGGCUUCCGUCAGCGAGACUCCAAACAUGCCCGCAGUAACGCGAGGGCCAAUGCCUGGGUCGCCUUACGCACAAACUCAUCCACACAUGGGCAUGGGCUCACCAUACGGUCAUCCGCCUCCAGGCUUGAUUCAGGUCUACGCGCCCCCCGGUUGGGCGGGAAGUCCAGGCGGGACCCCUCCAACACAGUACGCCAUCUUCCACCCCGGACCUCAUCAUUCCCCCGUCUCGAUCGCACAGUUCUACGGACAUCCAUACCAUCCUCAAGGACCCACACAGUUCGAUCGACCGCCUCCUCCCCUCGCGAAUCCUUCCCUUCCACCCCCAACUCCUAGCACGAUGGCUCCCCAACCCAAUGGUCACGCAGCCUUGUCUUCAGAUUCAUAUCUCCCCCACUACCGAACCUCCGCGUCGCCCAUGGCUGGUGCUCCGGGUGGGCCAGGGCCUGCACAGAACCCCUACGGCACCAUGGAACGGCGCCCUGAACUUCCAGCGUCGAGUACGCACGCCCAUGCUCCAGCGGUGAGCGCCGCUUCCAACGGGACUACAAAUAACCACAAGCCGCUCACUCCGCCACCGCCACCAUCAUCGACCAACGGUCCGAUUCCUACAAAGGCGGUUUCCACCGCGGCCGCCGAAUCACUGGCGCUUCCCUCUCCGUCCAAUACAUCGACCACCAACGGAGCAGUGGCCCCGACGAAAACCAUCCCCAGCAUCGGGGCGCUGAUCAACGGGCAGAUGCCCGAGGUGACGAACGGUGCCGAUGCGAAGAGCGAUCACGGAGGCGGGAGUCGCGCGGGGAGCAAGAGUCCGAACAACAGCGCGCAACGGUUAGGAUCGAGGGAUAUGUCGUUCCUCGGGGCAGGCAAUGGCUUUGGGGAGGAUACUAGAGCGCUGAGGAAGUUAGACGGUGCUUUCAAAUCGUGAAAAUCGUAGGGGAUCGUGGUGCCGAACCCUUUUAUCGCAAUCGAAGACGACUCGUCGGCUCGGCGAAUUCUACUGAUGUUCGAAUACGACUGUUAUGGAGGGCUGUUUCUUUUCCAUCUGCUUUAUCGUUCAUCUCUUCUCUAUUCUGUUUUCGUUUCUUUUCCUACGCAUCUGGGGUCGGUAUCUUCCCCGUCACACCAGCCUUUCGCUUUGCCAGGGCCAAAUGGGUUGACGGGAUUGGAGUUGGUUUCUGUUUCCAUUAUCACUGCAUCUUUACGGCGUUUGUAAGGGAUGGAAUGGGACAUCGUGGAGUGGCC